AUGUCAGAUGAACUUGCUGGAAAUUCAGAAGGUUGCAGUACAAGUCACAAAUUAGAAAAUGAAGAAGAAGAAGAAUCCAGGGAAAGUUCAAAUCAACAAGAUGAAACAGAUGGUUCAAUGGAUGACGGAGAAGAAUUUCAGAAACGAGCUGAAAUACUUUUAGCAAGUUUUUUGAAAGAAGCUGGGCUGGAUGAUAGUGUCUUGGAAAUGGCCAGCUUCCAGGCAUGGGUUCAUCACUUGAAUCCAGCAGUCAGGUUACCGAAACCAUCAGCAAAGAAGCCAAAACUCGAUGUUACAAAUACCGAAAAAGUGUCUGAAGAACAGCCGAAUUCAGUUUCGCCAGGUGCACAUAAUGAAAUUAUAAUGGAAGAUAUAGAUAAUGAGGCGAAAACUGACGACUCCACGGAUGAAAUAGUGCCGGACGAAUCGGAAAAAGUGAUUGAUAGAACCAUCCAGAAAGAACCACCAGCUCCUGGUCUUACACCAUGCAUCAUUUGUGGCAACAACGUUACCACUCAUCAAAGUGUUAAUAUGACUGCUAACGAAGCAAUUAAAGCGCUGAUGGCUGCAGUCCACUGUGAAAAGAUCAAACUAGAAGCUGCGGAAGAAGCUGUUCGCACGACUCGCCUCAAAAUGUGCACUACUCAUCACGAUCAUCUGUACAAAUGGAUGUGCGAAGCUAUUGGUGUCAAAACAGUAAACGAUGUCGAUUCAAUACCUGGGCAGGAUUUGGCUGGGGUACUUUCAGUGUACAGACGAUUAAAGGGAAUUCGAGAUGCUUUUGAGAAAAGAAUUCCGUCCAACACACCAGUUGGAGCUUUCAAAAUGGCAAUCAAAUCAUACUACCGUAACUAUGUUCCACGCAAACAAGGCAUUGUGAGAUCAAUCAAAGCGAUUGAGCGAAUUGUUAAAGAGGAUCCAUUCAACCAGUCUUUCCGAAAAGAUCUCCACAAUAACAACGUACCAGAAGCGUCUACUUUCGCUUCAAAUGACCCCGAUUUUGAACAACAACAAGAACGUCGAACUUCAAGACGGGAAGACUGGGCUAACGACGAAAUCAUGCGACCAAUGGCUGCUGUCUAUAAAGAAGGAGAUGCGAAAAGAAGAAAAAGAAUUUUGCAUCUUUGUCAGCAAAUGAAUCCCAAUCUGUUCCCAGUGCGAGUUGUGCAGCCCCAACCAAUACUACCACGUCCCGAAUUGCCUCGUAUUGCGAAAACUGUUCCAGUAGGAUACGAUCAACAAACGCCAAUCCCUAAUUAUGUAAAAGUAGAAGGGAAAGUGUAUAAGACAGUGAUGGCAGUGAGACCGACACCACUACUCAAGCGAUCAUUUUCCAGUACUCAAAGUUUGCCGGCAACAUCAAAAUCUUGUGAUGAGCAGAAACUAGCUUAUCAAGAAAUGGUGGAAAACGAGCCGGAUUUUUAUCCGCCUGGAGAAUUUCCUUUCUCAACAGCUCCGAUAAAAACUGAAGAACCAGAAGACAAUGUGAUAACGCCUAGUGUCAAUUAUGAAAAUCGCGAAGUCAAGCAGGAAAUUGAGGAAAUAGAGGAACUACCGUCAAACUGUGUAAAGUCAGAGCUAGAUUUGGAACCAAUGAAUGAUGAAUGUGUAGAGUUCAGACACGUGACAAAAUAUUUCACAAAUUCCGGUGUCAUAUUUGACGAAAAAACGACAACCAUGGGUUACAAAUAUCUGGAAAUCGUUAAAUCCACUAUGCAAGGCUACCUUGAACAGUAUUACAUAGAAAAAAAGAAUGUCGCCAACAAAGCUGCGAACACCGUUUGUGACUUUCAAUAUAGGGAGGACACCAGUGUCGCUUUGUUCGAAUUUGAUGGUCAGAUGUGGCUCUCGCGAAAGUACAAGUUGCCGGUUAUUCAGGGGAAACUCUCCAUCUACCCAUACAUCGGCAAACUCACGCCCAGACAUUACGACGUCACAGGGACCAUUAUUGAGAGCAGAAGCGGCACGGAGCCAGUUGAGUCGGGAGAAAAGAAUAAAAACGGCUGGGAAUGGACGAAAACGUGGUUCGAUUUCAAAUUCGAAGAGGUCUUCCCAAAAAACAACGAGCCAUAUGCGAAAGUCGUUGAGAUCGGUGAUGAUGAAUAA